GUUUAAAACAGACAAGCACAAUCUAGCCUAUGCACGCGCUUCAUAUCUGUGGUAUUUAGACGUAAUUGGCGUGUUUUUACCUUUACGUCGGGGGGUUCAUUCAAAAUGAGGAAUCAGUGAUGUAUGGAGUGCUGUGUCUUUGAUGUACUUUUGUAUUUCCGAUUUUUUUAUGCGAAAAGCUGUAAUUAUAAAGCGAGUGGCGAUCCGCUGUGAAGUAAUAGAGGCAAGAUUGUUGUUUUUUUUCCAGGACUGUAACAUCAUUUACAAACGUGAGUUAGUUUGGACAUGUCCCAAAAGAAGAGAACUUCAAGCCAGAAGUCGCAGGCCCCAUCUAAUCGGCUGUCCCAGGUAGCAAGAAAUGAAGCUGUUGACAGUGAUGAGGAGGAUGUUUCUCUGACAGAGCCAAGCACAUCUCAGGUUCAGCAGAGUCUUGCAAGACUCACUGUGGCGCAAGUAGACCGUAAGAUGGCUGAAGUAUUGCAGUUCAUUCUCAUUAAAGACCAGAAGAAAAUGCCAAUCAAAAGAGCUGAUAUUGUAAAGCAUGUCCUUAAAGAAUAUAAGACAAUUUACAGUGAGAUUUUAAAACGGGUGGAUCGUACUCUUGGGCAGGUGUUUGGCAUGAAACUUGUGGAGAUAGAUACAAAAAACCACACAUAUGUCUUAAUUAACAAGCUGGAGCCUGUGGAACUUAACAUUACAGACAUGCACACUGGUUCUUCAAAGACUGGGCUGCUUUUUGUUAUUUUGGCGGUUAUCUUUAUGAAAGGGGGUAUUGUAAAAGAGUCUAUAAUCUGGAAUAUGUUGAAGAAACUCAAAGUAAAGUGUGGUGAGAAGCAUGAUGACUUUGGAGAUGUUAAGAAGCUCAUUACUGAAGAGUUUGUCAGGCAGAGGUACCUUGAGUAUGCCCGUGUUCCACACACAGAUCCAAUAGAGUAUGAGUUUCGAUGGGGUCUACGGGCUGAAAAGGAACUGUCAAAGAUGAAGUUACUUGAGCUUGUUUCAGAGAUUGUGAAGAACUGGUGCCAACUCUAUGCUGUGGGAGUGUUUGGAGGAAGUUGCAGGAACAAGACCCCCGCUCAUGGACGACCCAGUGGAAAGAAGCAGAACAAGCAGAGUCUAGUUCCCGGGGUAGUUCUCAGUGAUGCUUUCGUUUUUUUUACACUUUGCUAUCCUGAGUAUUCUUGCCUUUCGCUAAGGUAUAUUUUAUUUUUGUAAAAAAAAAGUCUAUUUUGGUUCUGACUUACACCCUUAAAGUCUACAAAGGACAGAAAAAGAAAAAACAUAAUUUGUUUCUUUGUAGUUUUUUCUUAGUGGGUGGUGUAU